AUGGGCGAAAACACGCCCACUGCGUGUAAUCGUCCAAAUCUCCUACGAAAGUCUGCAAUGGCGAGGAAAUCAAAGAAGAGAGGGGAGGUUAAGGAGAGUGAUAACAAGCAACCAUCGGAAACAGAACAUCCAGCUCAGCUCAAGCUCAGGAAGCCAGUUGAGAAGAAGUGGACUCUCAAAACAGAAGGGAAACAGAAGGAAGUCCAGGAAUCAACACAAGCUAUGGUGGUGGAAAGUCCAAAACAACAGUCUCCAAAAUUCGGCACUGUACCAUUAAGGAAGGAGAGUACUACUGAGUUUGGAGAAGGAAGCAUUCAGAUACUAAAUCAUAAAGGCAUUAAGAUACCUGACAGUAGAGGAGAUAUUAAGAAUAGAUCCAUUAAUAGUAUUUAUUAUCAAAGAACUAGUCACCCUGAUCCAGGGCCUAGGAUUUCAGAUCAUCAUCCUCUUUUAGUAAAAUGGGGAGAGGAAUAUGUUGGUAAGAAGAAAUCCUUCAGAUCAGUAUGGGAUUGUAGAGCUCCAAAUGACAGCAGUUGGCAUUGGAAGAAACUAAUGAAAAUCAAAGAGGUUAUGAAAGCAGGGUUCAGCAAUGGUAAAUGGUUGGGAAAUGGUGGUAAGCAGUAUAUAGCAAGUAGUGGAUACACAUGGCUGAGAGGUGAACACAGAAAGGAUCAUGCUGCAAAGAUUGCUGGAAAUGGUGAAAGUUUGGCUGGGAAUCAAUACCAUCCCCAACCAGUUGAAUGUCCAGGAAAUUCUGCAAUUAUGGAGGCACAGGAAGCUGCAACAGAAGGAAAGGAAUGCCACAGUUUAUCAGAAAUUGUAGUUAUGAGAACUGCCCUACCGCCCCAAAAACGGAAAUUUUCGAAUCCGUCAUCACUGAAACCAUCCAAAAAAUCCUUCAAAAAGUCUAAACCUAAUAGUAACUAUAACCGCCGUGGCGGCAGCGGAAUAAGCAACAAAGGAAGCAUCCCCGGCGACCCCAAAGAUACUGGGAUGAGUUUUAUGCCGGGGAUUGCUGGUUUUAGCGUCGCCCUUGAUAAACUAGAAUCUAGGGGCUUAUCAAUAACUCCACUGGAAGUUCCCUUGGAGGAUACGGAUAACGUAGCUAUUCAAGAUGUAAUACACCAUAAUAUGCUGAAAAUGCCAUCAAUGAAAAGAGCCGAAAACAUGCGGAGAAAGAAGAAAGCAAAACGAGAGAUGGAAAAGGAAAUUAAUGCUGCGGAGGACAGAUUGCAGCUGAUGAAUUUGAGAAGCUUAUUAGGGGUUCCCCUGAUUGCAGCUUCGCAUGGAUAA